AAGUUUCGUUGCGGCAACGAUUGUCCUCCAACUACGUUUUCACCGGUCACGACCGCAGACGAGAUAGAAACAAAACAAGACUUUGGCAUAGUUCUCGUCGUGUAAACUGGGAUUCUAUACGAAGCUGCAAAGGUUCGAAAUUGGCUUGAACUUUUGAUUCGAGGAAGUAGAAUUCGAUGAUCGGUAAAAGUCGUUAACGAUUUUUUCGAGUGGAAGACUAUGUUGACACUCAGAGCGAACGUCGUCGAUCGUUUCGCAGUUACCGCCGUAGUUCGAUCCAUAGUUGAACGUUUCUUAGUUCAGAAGAGUUUUGCUACGUCUGUUAAUCAUCCUGAAGCGAAGAUGUCGUUCGAAGUUGAGAAACAGAAAUUCUUGACCAUGCCACUAGAAGAAAAAAGAAAAUAUUAUAAAGGGAGCGUAAUUACGUUGGACCAAAUUCCAACGUGGGCGGAAUAUUGGACUAAAAAUAAAGGAAAUAUCGGUAUAACGAAUCUCGAGAAAGUCGAAAAGGUCGAGGAGGAAAUGGCUAAGAAAAUUUCGAUAUGGCAAGGAGAUAUCACCUCCCUCGAAAUAGACGCGAUCGUUAAUGCAGCAAACUCGAGUCUUCUCGGCGGCGGUGGAGUUGAUGGAGCUAUUCACAAAGCUGCUGGACCAAAUUUAAAGAAAGAGUGCGCUACUCUGGGAGGAUGUCGUGUCGGUGAAGCAAAAAUAACUGGGGCUUAUAUGUUGCCUGCAAAGCAUGUCAUUCAUACUGUUGGUCCGCAAGGUGAAAAGCCAGAAAAGUUGAAGGAGUGUUACGAAAAUAGUUUAACAGUUGCCAAAGCAAACGAGUUGCGCACAAUUGCUUUUCCUUGUAUAUCGACAGGAAUUUAUGGAUAUCCUCAAAGACCAGCAGCCAAAGUGGCUUUAUCGACGGUCAAGAAGUUCCUACUCGACAACAAAGACAGCGUGGAUAGAGUAAUCUUUUGUCUAUUCUUGAAAACCGACAAAGACAUAUACGAGGAAUUGUUACAAAAAUAUUUUGCUAUCGAUUAGACGACUCUCUGACAGAAGUAUCCCAUGUUUUGAGGUUAAACUCGAAACGAACAAAGCUAAACUGUAUCAGUGUACAUUCGUCGAAUAAUAUUCGUAGAAAAGUAUGAAAA